AUGAAGACAAACAAGACCGUGUGUGUGAUUGGAGCGGGGGUCUCCGGAUUGCCUGCGGCAAAGUAAGUGCGGGUUAGGAUGGCUAGGGCCCGGUGGGGCUGGCAAGGGCCUGGUGGUGCUUGUUAAGGUACAAACCUUUGUAUUUAGAAUUUACGAAGGUUUUCUAGGGCCUUUUGGGGCUUCUUAAGACUUGAGCUGAGCUUGGGGCACAGUGAAAGCGGGCCGGAUGAGCUGGAGCUUAGUAACGCUGUCUACGACGUAGGGAAGACUUGGGCUAUGCUGGUGGCAAAGAAAGUGCAAGAUGGAUAAACUAUUGGUGCUUUUUCGGGCCUAGUCGGAGUCUUCGAGGUACAAGCCUUCGUAUUUAUGCAUUACAAAGGCUUGUUCAGGACCUAGUACAAAUGACAAGGGUACCCCAAAGAUGACUUUUAGGAUUUACUGGGGCUUGUUGCAGAUUUAUGGCUGGACUUUCUAUUACCCCCAACAAUUCAUUUUCUCGGCCACGGUGCAGUUUUCGAUGUGAUAGAGUGCUCAUUACGAUCACAUUGUAAAAAAACACAAGUUCGCUUUACACUGUGCAAUUUGUCGCUUUCUGCACUGUGCUAUAGGCUUUGUUGGGCUGUCGCUCGCACCCUGACCCUUCUUGCUUAGUGCAUGUUGUAAGAAUCGCCCCAGCGACGUUGCGACCGGACUAGUAAAGCACAGUAGAACCUACUUCAUUCACGUGCGCUAUUUCAGAUGGGCAACCGAAUACGGCGUGGAGCCCACCGUGUUCGAAGCACAAAGCCGCCUUGGAGGACUCUGGAACUACAAGGAAGAAGAGACCGAGUUCUCCACGGUCAUGAAGCAAACCGUGAUCAACACGUCCAAGGAACUGUCGGCCUACUCCGACUUUGUCCCGGACGCCGAAGACGCCAACUUUAUGCACCACUCCAGUAAGCUCAUGGUGGAGAGGAACAGUAAUAUACCACGCUUGUUUUAGAGCUCUGGAAGUACCUUGAUCGCUACGCAGAGGCUUUUGACAUCAAGAAGUAUAUCCGGUAUAAUCAUCGGGUAACGAAUGUCGAGAGGGCGCGCGAUUAUGAUACGAGUGGCAGAUGGGUAGUUAGCUAUAUUGAUGAGUAAGUUGUUAUUUGACAGUUUGACUCCUCAACAAGAUGAUUUUUUAUAGUUCCACUAGAAACAUGGUGAUUUUGUCAAAAAGUAUCAAAAAUGAUCAUGAAUACUCUUUAAUACUGUUUUUGAAAAAACAAAAUUUUUGCCCGGGAAUAGCUCUUUAGUCACUUUAAAUGUCCGUGAAAAAAUAUGAUGUUUUCAAAAGGUAUCAAAAAUUAUCAUAGAUAUUUUUUGAUACUUUUUAGUUUUUAUUUUUCUUCUAGAAUAUCAAAGCAAGAAUAAAAUUGAUUUAUGAAAAUGGUGGAAAGCAUGACAAACUUUUUUUUCACUAAAAAGAUUUAAAAAUUCCAAAAAUAGAUUUUUCCUCAAAAACAGAAACUCUAAACCUUCCUUUUCAGCAACGGCAUCGACCAUCAACAAACCUUUGAUUUUGUCCUCGUCUGCACUGGUCAUCAUGCCACGCCCAACAUGCCCCAACCAUGGCCAGGACAAGAGAAAUGGAGAGGUCGAAUGAUCCACUCCCAUUCCUACAAAAAGCCCGUCGGCUAUGACGACAAAAACGUCCUCGUCGUGGGCAUCGGCAACUCGGCCAUCGACGUGGCUUGUGAAUUGUCGCGAGUUGCGAAACAAGUCACCAUCUCCACGCGGCGGGGCGCUUGGGUUGUGGGGAAGCACAUUGAGAAGGGAUACCCCAUGGAUAUGUUCUUGAACACCCGACUUAAUGCAAUCAUCAAAUACUUCAGUAUGGACUACUUCAACAAGCUUUGUGAGGAGAAGUUCACCAAGUUCUUCGAUCAGGACGAAUAUGGAAUCCGGCCGAAGCACAAGCUGAUUGCGCAACAUCCCACUAUUAGCGAUGAAAUUCAUAGUAAGUCGAGGGGAAAUGUUUGCGAUGCGUUGUGCACACAUGUUUUGCUUUUUCAGGGAAAAUUUGAAGAUUUUUUUCCGAAAAGCUUCAAAAGUUGUCAUGGAUACUUUUUGAUACUUUUUUGUAAAAGACAUUAUUUUUUGCCCGGGACUCGCUUUUUCGUUGCCUUAUAUGUGUUGCCAUAACAAAUAUAAAGGUUUUUUCAAAAGGUAUUGAAAGCGAUCAUGGAUAUUUUUUGAUACUUUUUAGGGAAAAACUUUAAUUUUUGUCCGGAAAUGGCUUUUUUUGUUGCCCUAGAUGCAUUUCUAUGUAAAAUAGAAAGAUUUUUGCAAAAAGUAUCAAAAGUGAUCAUGGAUACUUUUUGAUACUUUUUGCGAAAAGCUUUAAUUUUUGUCCGGAAACCGCUGCGGGACUAAAACAAACGUUUAUUUGCCAAACUUACAUGCAUUCUACUCACGUUUACUAUAAGGUCAAAUUACAAAAUUUUUCGAUUUCAGACAAAAUCGGCUCCGGCACCGUGGUUCUCAAGGGAGACAUCCGACGUUUCACCGAGAACGGUGUCAUUUUUGAGGACGGAUCCUUCACCGAAAUUGAUGAAGUUGUCUGUUGCACUGGAUUCCUCUUCGAUUUCCCGUAUCUGGACAGCGGAAGACUGAUUCCAGUCGUGGACAACAAAGUCGAGCUCUACAAAAAGAUGUUCCCUGUGAACUCGGCGGACAAAAAUACCCUCGCUUGCGUCGGACUGUUCCAGCCACUCGGUUCAAUCAUGGCCCCAGCGGAGAUGAAUGCCAGACUGUUCUUCGAACAGGCCUUGGGCAACAUUAAGGUGGGUUUGAGGGGAUAUUUGGGAGAUGCCAAAAAUGGAAGAUGGGGAAAAUGGAAUGGAAAAAAAUUGAGCGUUUUUUUGCAAGAAGCUCAAAAUUUUUUAAUAUUUUUGAUUGACUGCACUGUGCAAAAAAAAUAAAAGAUGUUCUCGCACCGUGCGAAAAUAGUCGAAAUUUUUCGACUUGUUUGCACUGUGCAAAAAAAUUUGUUGUAAUUUUUUCCCAAAAAACCUUUCACUUUCACCCCUCAAAUUUCAGCUCCCCUCCAAAGAAGCGAUGAUCAAAGACAUCAAAGCGGCCAACGAGAAAAUGUUCAAGCGCUACACGAACGUGCCUCGGCACACGAUCCAAGUCGAUUAUGUGGAGUACAUGGACGAGAUGGCCAAUAUGAUUGGCUGCAAGCCACCGAUGACCAAGCUCUUCUUCACCGACUACACGCUGUGGAAGACGUUGAUGUUCGGGCCGGACGUGCCGUACGCCUACCGGUUGGUGGGGCCGCAUCCGUGGCCCAAAGCGCGCGAGGCGAUUCUGGACGUGGAGACGAGGCGAGUUAAGGCGAUUCGGAAGCGCGAAACGCCGGGGAAUCCGUUCGUUCGUUGCGAGGAGUUGAAGAAGGACUCGAUAAAUCCGGCGUGGAUCACGGGAGGGGUUUUGGUGUUAGCGGCAAUUGGAGCGAAAUUGUAUCAGAACGGCGCCUUCGAACAUGUCGAAGGCGUGGUCAAGCAAUAUAUCUGA